UGUGUGCGUGUGCCUGCAUUUUUUUUCCCUGACAUGAAGAAGGAAACCGAGUUACCAUGUGGCGUUAUUGGAUGCCCUUCAUCUUGGCCUGGGUAUCCAUGGCAACCCCAAUGCUCUGCCAAAGUGGAGAUGGUGAUUGGGGUUCAGGCUUUGACAUUUAUUCUGCCAUAAUAGCCACCAAUGACACAUCACAGGCAGUCGGUGAUGAGCCUGCGAGGAUGACAAACAACCGGGACUGGAUCACAACAGCAGCAUUUUCACCGUCACCCUCAUCUACGCUGCACUAUGAGCCCCAACCGGACAAGUGCUCAGUCCACUUCAGCACUAACACUGCUUCAGCUCGAAGGCUGAAGGCCCAGAAGGAGGAGCUGGCUUAUCUGCAGGCCAUUCAGCGCGGAAACGAAGCGGUGAUGGAGAACUUGGUGCAGUUUGUGGAGGCGGAGCUGGGAGAUCAGAGUUACGAGGAUGUGAUCAAGGAAAAUGUCAUUGGCAUCCAGGAGGACCACAAGAGCUGCCACGAGGCGGUGGAGAAAGCCGAGGAAGAUCUAGAAAAGCAGCUGGAGGGAGACGUGUUGGACGCCCCCGCUGGGAUGCAGAAAAUCAGAGAAGAGUCCUUGGCUUUCGAAGACAUGCUUCGUGCAGCAACAGACAUCGCCAACAGGCUACAGAGUUCAUCACAGGCCCUGCAGGCCUCGUUCACCCAGCAGCUAAAAGACAUGAUCAAAAUCCAUCGCUAAGGAGGUGUUGAAAAGCUUUUUAAAAACUGUUCACACAUCAUCCUCUAACUCGUGGAUGUUUGAUAUCCUGUGUGAGACCCAGAAAAAAGGAAAUCAACCUUCCUGCAACUCUAUAUAUUUUUUUUAUUUUUUACCCAUUUUUGCUUUGCAACACUGAGAUACGACAUUGGUCAAGGUCAGCGAUUACAUCAACUGUAGGAAUCAAAAAAGAUGAGGACCUGACAGUUUCACAUCAUGUGGAUGAAGAAAGAAAACAGCACAAAAGAAUUU